AUGUCAAAUAAUUUACAAUCAAAUAUAUUAAUAUCAUCUGAUAAUCUAUUUGAAACUAAUAAUUCAUUCACUCGAUCGAAUACUAUUGAUAAUGCAAUUCUUAGAGAAAGUAUUACUCAAGAAUUGGAUGAAUUCUGCAAUAAUCCAUUGAUAUUCGAUGAAAUCCGACAAUUUGAUCCAAAACAAUCAACAACUGUAAUUCCGAUUAAUUUAAUAUCAGAGCUAAACGGUUUGAUAGAAUGUGAUCCUAUAAAAAUGUUGAAUGAUUUUCAAUGUCAACAAAAAUUUCUUCAAUCUGAUAUUAUAAAAUUAGAAAAAAUUCAGAUAAGAUGUCAACCACGUUCAAAAUUUCGUCCUCGAACACAAAAUGAAAGUAAAAUUUCUUCACAUUAUUUACGAUGUGAGAAUGGUGGUGAACUAGGAUACCCUGCUAUAUAUAUACCUAAGAUAUGGUCUUACCAAUCGGAUAUAAAUAUAAUUGAAGUUGCUCUUGUCGAUAUUUUAAAACAAGCACAUCUCUAUGCUAUUGAUAAUAAAACUAGUCAAAUAUCAUAUGAUGAUCAAGCAUUCAUUUUCAAAGAUGGUCCAUCAAAUCAAUUGUAUUUUCGUGUAACCAAUGAAGAUUUUAACAAUGGUUACAAAACUUUUAUGAUUGAAUUGAUUAAAAGUAAACAAGAUAAUAUAAUUACCAAAGAAUUAAUUCGAUCACGAAAACUUUAUCAAUCAAUGCUUCGUUUUACACGAAUUUAUCGAGAUGAAUAUGGUAAAUUUCAACGAGAUGAAAUAGGUCAAGAAUAUUCUUCUAUAAUGACAGAACAUUAUGGUGAUGUUUCUGUUGAACAUAUGGGUCCAAAAUAUGGUUCAAUUAAUAAAGAAUCAAUGAUAUUUGUUGUUCUUAAAGGUCGUUUUGUUAAAAAUGAUAUUUCUAUUAUGAUUUGUGAACAAACAACUCAAUGGUCUGAUGAAAUAAAAAAAUUUAUCUUAAAUGGUAAUCUUAUUUAUUUUAAUAUUCCAUAUUUUCCAUAUCAAUGUAUAAAUAACAUAAAAGCAAAUGUAAUUAUUUAUUAUAAAAAUCAAAAAAUUCAUGAAUCAACUUAUUUAUAUAUGCAUCUAUCAGAUGGUAUGGAGAUUUUCUUUUUAUAA